CCUAACCUCCACUCCCUAACCCUACCUAACUAACUCCCCGUAACUAAACUAUCUAGGUUAACUAGUAACUAGGUACUAAAAAAGUAACUAAUAACAACGACUAAUUACUGGCCCGCCCUUUUCGCUCUUCGCUGUUCGCUGUUCGCUGUCUGUUCAACAGUUCGCUCUCUUCUCCUCUCUUCCUCUCUCGUUCUUUCUUUCUUUCUUUCUCUCUUCUUUUCAUCCUCAUCCUCCAUCCAACUAUCUCACCUCCUCUUAUCGCUUGUCAUUCAUUCUUUGCAGGUAUCAGCUUCAUUCCUUCAGCUGAUCGCCGUGCUGUUUAUUCCUUCGCUAACUAUCCCCUCUUCACCCCUAAUUUAAUUUAUCGCCCUUGUGUCUCUAAGAGAAGAAAAGGGAGAAAAUCAAAAGGGAGAAAAACCACCUGCUUGGCCCUCCUCCCAUCACGCUCCCUCGUCCCUCUUAUCGGAAAAUAAAAAAGAAUACAAAGCAGCAGGCCCUUGUGAUAUAUUCCUUCGAGAUCGUUAAUACCAACCACCCUCCCUAUUUGUGCGCGUCUACAGUUUGCUUUCGCGGAUGGCGGAUGUGUAAUUAACACUUCGAGCAAGGACCCGUUGUCGCCAACACUUCUUAUACUAUUACCGUCACUCCUUCCUUAUUAUCCUAGAUUCGACAUCUAGUUAUCUACAAUUCUAAUUCGCUCUAUUACGGAAAAAGAAUAAAAAUAAAAAAUAAAAAACAAAAACGCCAAAAGGACAUCCACCAUCCUAUUCAACUUUAUUGUUUACAAGAUAUCCACCGAAAACACAACGGAAAACCUUCCACCCCUAAAUCGAUGGAUGCGCUACGACACCUAACCGCCCGCGGUAAUGACAAUGACAACAGAAACGACAAUGACAAUGGUGGCCUAAACUCCUCAAGCGUAAACCUCCUAAUCUCCCUCCUAGCCCUAAUCCUCCUCUCCAUCGCCCUCAUCGGUUCCUACCUCGUCCUCCGCCGCAGGCGCCAAAAACAACAAUCAGAACUGCCCCUCUACCAAGACCACCGGCACAACAGCAGCAGCAACCGCCGCCAACGUGGCCGCGGUCUCACCAUCUCCGCCUCAAACAGAGACUCCGUCUUCCUCAUCGGUGAGAAGGGCUCAAGCUCCCCGUCGUCCUCCUCCUCAUCGUCGCUAAGUCCACCAUCCAGCCCCGUGCCGGAGAUCCGCAUCACAUUCCCUGAAGAGGAAGAUGCGGCCGGGAAGCGGAUGAGUGGGCGCGUGGUUGUUGUGCGCAUUAGUGAGAAGGGGGGCAUUGGAUUGGAGCCGCUAGAUGAAGGGAGGGAGGAUGGUGGCAGGAAGGAGGGGGAUGAGGAUUUGCCGCCAUAUCAGCAGCGCCAGCCCGGUGGGAGCGGGAGCGGGAAGGGUGGUUCUACGGAACGGUUUCAGAGUCUUGACUUAGAGAGGAUGGGCGGAUUGAAGGAGAAGGAGAUGGAUGAGAAGAGGUGGGCGUAGUGGAUUGGAUUGGGUUGAAUUGGAUUGGAUAUGAAAGGAUAUACAUACGUUCACGAACGAGGAUUCGAUUUUAUCACUUCUUUUUAUAUUUGGUUCCGUUUCUCUAUCUCCCCCCUGCCCUCUUUUAUGGCUUGAGGGGCUUCGGGCUUGGGGCUUUUCUUUUCUUUUCUUUUCUCUCCCUCUAUUUUAUUUCUUCUUCUUCUUCUUCUUCUUCUUCUUCUUCUUCCUUUUCUUUUUCUUUCCUAUACUCUCAUAUCUCCAACGAGUCUGCAAUAUUACAUACAAAACUAUUUAUCCUUUUUAAGUUACCUCUGAGUUUCAACACCAACAAACAACACAAACAAACAUCCGCGCGUGCAUCCUCAGCAUUUGCCUUACUUGUUAAGAUGAGGGGAAAGGGACCGACCGCCCUCUUUCAAUUUCACCCGUAAGGGAUGUAUACAGAGUAUAGCGGGGGCAUUAAGUUUGAAACCCGCUAACCUCUGGCCGCCGAGAUCAUACUAACCACAUAACGUUAAUAUCUAAAUGGCUGCUUUUCAUGAUCAUAUUACUAAUAUUUUGUAUACCUGUCAUGGUUAUAUAGAGCUGCGGGUCGGGGCUCAGAAUACGGAGUACUAUGCAGUGGAUGGAUGGGAAUAACAAAGAGCUGGAUAUUCAGUAUAAAAUACCGUGUGAAUUUCCGCCAAG